GUGUGUGUGUGUGUGUGUGUGUGUGUGUGUGUGUGUGUGUGUGUGUGGCCCAGCCCACUGUUACAGAACACUUCCCCUGGUUGCUUUGAGGAGGCUCUAGCUGGCAGGAUCCCUGACACUAGUGUUGCUCUCUGGCUGCCUGCUGUCUUGAGCCAUGGCUGCACAGCUGGUUGUAGCUCUGCUGGCUCUCACCUCCCUGGGUGCUGCAUCUGAACUGGACUGUAAAGAGCUGGUCAAGCCUCUGGUGCUGGACAGCCACAGCCCCAUCUAUGGGAAGUGGGUGCUUCACGUGGGGUCGUGGGACCAGCCUGACCUGAAGAACGACCUGCAGUCGGUGAACAGCUCCUGGGUGGACCUGUCAGCUUCCUUAGACAGCGGAGACAUGACCAUCUACUGGGCCGACCGCCUAUUAUCAGAAGAUAAAUGCCUUCAAGGUAUAGCCAAUGCCACCAUCUCGGGGAUGACCAGUCACACCACUUUUAAUAUCAAGGGUCACACUUCAUAUCAUGAUGGGAAGUACUAUGAGACCUGCUCCGACUGCCUCCUGUCCGAAGACACCACACUCCUCCCUGAUGGCAAGUCAAAGGGACGAUACCUUUUCCUCUUCACACGGAACGGCACUCUGGAGCCCUCUGAGUUAGAGACCUUCAAGAAGCAGGCCGAGUGUCUUAAAUUCCUCCCAGAGUACUACUUUGGAGGACUAGAUCUGUGUCCGGAUGAAAGGGAAGUUGCUACAACUGCUCCCGAGAGUACAGAGGACGAUCAACCUGAUGUUGAGCCUACAGCAAAGUAAAGCAGAGCACAGAGACGUCAUAGCCGUUUGGGCAGCAUGCAUACAGCUUAACAUGUACUUAAUAGUGUUGUAAUGUGAUCUUCAUGUGAAAUGCGCUGAUAUAAGAUUAUGCUGUGGAAUAACUUGUCAUUUAGUCGUGGUCCAGUUAGUCUUAUUACUGUGUCUCUGCCUGCUAAGCUGUUUGACCUUUCAUGAUUUAGUUUAGGAAAUGUGACAUCUGAAUAGCUCAAAGCAGAUUCUGUCAGGUUCUGAAAAAUCCACUUAAAUGCCUACUUCGAAUCAAUUUAACAAUCUGUAAAUCGUUGAGUAUAUAACUAUUUCCAACUGGUUGUGUGAGGUAAAUAAAACAGCUUUCAGGCUC